AUGGCUUCCCCGGCAUCCAACCAUGGUCUAGCGAAGUCGACAUGUACUGAUACUCCUGCCUCUCAUCCCACGGCGCUGUCUGCUCCGGUGUCCUCCACAUUAUCAUCGUCCUCCGCCCCGCUGUCCGAUCCCGAUCGCCCGUCUUCCUCAACGUCUACCAUCACAGCCGGAACCUCUCUCCUUCGCGAUUAUGCAUGCCAUAUAGACCCGUCGCAGACACCGAACGACGUUCAUGCGAGCGAUCACCACCCGAGAGCCCAUACCAGUGCUCCGCAGAAGGCUGACCCCCGGGACGACGCCGCGGUCUUAUCGCUACCCUCUUCGCCCUUCCUUCCUCUCCGCUCCGCUGCUUCGUUGAAGGCCCACAACCGGAACGCCCUCUCCAUUGACUCAAUCCCUCGACAGACGAUCAUGAAAGCCCUUGCAUCCCGCCCGUCCGUAUCCAACCCUAAUAAUCCCAACGUGCCGCUGGCGGCGUCCCUCGGGCUUCUCACCAAUAGCGCUUCCUCGAGUCCUCCGGAUGAGAAGGAGCGUCGCUCCAGCAAUCCAUCCUCACAGAAGCUCUCCGCCGCGCUAUCCAACCUGCAGCUGGGCCCCUAUCUGGAUCGCUUGCCCCCGACCGCGCGGUUGGCGAUGCAAUCGCCCUGCUUCUUCCAUCAACGGUUUGACGAUGCCGUGAAUAUCCAAAAGGUUCUCGAGGAAAUCACGGACGACGAAUGGCUGUCACACUCUCGCUUGGUUCAGACGGCGACUGGCGUUCGGGAGGUGUCGAAGCAGCUGCAGCGUCGGCCGAUUAAACGUGCCGUACGGAAUGUCAUGAUAGUCACCAAGGCGCGUGAUAAUAGCCUGGUACACUUAACACGGGAAUUGGCAGAAUGGCUUCUCUCGACUCCCCGGUAUGGAAGUGAGCUCGGGGUCAAUGUAUAUGUGGACGCCAAAUUACGGAAUUCCAAGCGUUUUGAUGCGCCGGGGCUUCUGCAGAUGGAACCUCGAUUCGAAAAGAUGCUGCAUUACUGGACUCCAGAUCUGUGCUGGGAAUCUCCGGAGAAGUUCGAUCUUGUGCUGACCUUGGGUGGAGACGGGACGGUACUCUUUACCUCGUGGCUCUUCCAACGGAUCGUUCCUCCCAUCCUGUGCUUCUCUCUUGGCAGUUUGGGAUUCUUGACAAACUUCGAGUUCGAGAAUUACAAGCAGCAUUUGAACGCGGUCAUGGGGGAUGUAGGGAUGCGAGUGAAUCUUCGCAUGCGGUUCACAUGCACCGUGUUCCGAAAGGACCGACGCAAGGAAGCGGAGGCUGGCGCCGUGGAAGAAGGUGAACAGUUCGAGGUUCUGAACGAACUGGUUAUUGACCGUGGGCCGUCGCCUUAUGUGUCCAAUCUUGAGCUGUACGCAGACAAUGAUUUCCUAACGGUGGUUCAAGCGGAUGGGUGUAUUCUAUCCACUCCCACUGGAUCUACCGCCUACUCUCUUUCCGCUGGGGGAUCGUUGAUCCAUCCGUCUAUUCCGGGCAUCCUCCUGACGCCGAUUUGCCCCCACACACUGUCUUUCCGCCCGAUGGUUCUCUCGGAUUCGAUGCUACUUCGCCUUGCCGUCCCCGCCGGGUCCCGCUCCACGGCGUACUGCUCCUUCGAUGGCAAAGGACGUGUGGAGCUUCGCCAAGGUGACUAUGUCACGGUCGAAGCGAGCCAGUACCCAUUCCCCACUGUGGUAUCCGGCAGCGGAGAAUGGUUCCAAAGCGUCCAGCGCGCGUUGCGGUGGAACACCCGCGGGGCCAUUCAAAAAAGCUUCUACCGUGGCUCGGAGGCCGGCCUGGAAGGGCUCGACGAGGACGAAGACGAAGAAUGGGACAUUGACACCGAUGCUGGAGCCGCCGGCACGGACAGUGGCAUUGGACCUAGUGAAGACGGCGACGCCGGGUCGAUGAGUCCGAUGAAACGGCAAAUGAGCAUGCUCAGCAUGUAG